AUGCUGACCUGCUCUGCGAACGAAAGCUGGGCGAGAACGAGCGUGCGUGGAAAUGGCAACCGGUAGCCGUCCCCCGACCCGACGUCCGUCGCGGGUGCGCGCUCGCACGCCGGAAGGGGCGGAGCCAGGCUGGACUUUAUAUAUUGUGCGCCGAGCGCUGACCGACCUCUACCGGCGGCGUUUGGCGGCAGAAUGUCUCAUAGGAAGUUCUCCGCUCCCAGGCACGGUUCCCUGGGCUUCUUGCCUCGGAAGCGCAGCAGCCGGCACCGCGGGAAGGUGAAGAGCUUCCCUAAGGAUGACCCCUCCAAGCCUGUCCACCUCACAGCCUUCCUGGGCUACAAGGCUGGCAUGACCCACAUUGUGCGGGAGGUCGACAGGCCAGGAUCCAAGGUGAACAAGAAAGAAGUAGUGGAGGCUGUGACCAUUGUGGAGACACCGCCCAUGGUGAUCGUGGGCAUUGUGGGCUACGUGGAGACCCCUCGAGGCCUCCGCACCUUCAAAACCAUCUUUGCUGAGCAUAUCAGUGACGAAUGCAAGAGGCGCUUCUAUAAGAACUGGCACAAAUCUAAGAAGAAGGCCUUCACCAAGUACUGCAAGAAGUGGCAGGAUGACGACGGCAAGAAGCAGCUGGAGAAGGACUUCAGCAGCAUGAAGAAGUACUGCCAGGUCAUCCGCGUCAUCGCCCACACCCAGAUGCGCCUGCUUCCUCUGCGCCAGAAGAAGGCCCACCUCAUGGAGAUCCAGGUGAAUGGAGGCACGGUGGCCGAAAAGCUGGACUGGGCCCGUGAGAGGCUGGAGCAGCAGGUCCCUGUGAACCAGGUGUUUGGACAGGAUGAGAUGAUCGAUGUCAUUGGGGUGACCAAGGGCAAAGGCUACAAAGGGGUCACCAGCCGCUGGCACACCAAGAAGCUGCCCCGCAAGACCCACCGAGGGCUGCGCAAGGUUGCCUGUAUUGGGGCGUGGCAUCCUGCUCGGGUGGCCUUCUCUGUGGCCAGGGCUGGGCAGAAAGGCUACCAUCACCGCACUGAGAUCAACAAGAAGAUCUACAAGAUUGGCCAGGGCUACCUCAUCAAGGACGGCAAGCUGAUCAAGAACAACGCCUCCACUGAUUACGACCUGUCUGACAAGAGCAUCAACCCUCUGGGUGGCUUUGUCCACUACGGUGAAGUGACCAAUGACUUUGUCAUGCUGAAAGGCUGUGUAGUGGGAACCAAGAAGCGAGUGCUCACCCUCCGCAAGUCCUUGCUGGUGCAGACCAAACGGCGGGCCCUGGAGAAGAUUGACCUUAAGUUUAUCGACACCACCUCCAAGUUUGGCCACGGCCGCUUCCAGACGAUGGAAGAGAAGAAAGCCUUCAUGGGACCACUUAAGAAAGACCGGAUCGCAAAGGAAGAAGGAGCCUAACGUCAGGAGCAGAUCGUGCAGCUGGUGGGAUCUCAAUAAAAAUAGUUUUCCAGUGA